ACCAAUCUUUCCCAAACCAGCAAGAUGAUGAGUUCGAAGGCGAGGAAGAAGCAGAUGUGGUCUCCGCAGCCAUUGACGCCACUCAUGGAAGGUCCGGACCCAGAAAUCCAAGAAGAAGGUGGUAAGAAGGAGAGCUCUUGGGAAGCCAUACGUGAUUGGUUCAGAGUACAAAAGGGUCUUCCUCAAGGAAGUAGCUUAUCAACUUCAGCAUAUGGUAGUAAUGGUAGUACUGUUCCGGCAAAGAGACAAGAUUUAAGGCUCUUGCUUGGAGUUCUGGGAUGCCCUCUAGCACCUAUUCCUCAAGCCAAUGAUCCAGCUGAUCAUCCCAUGCCCGCUCACAUCAAAGACAUCCCAUUCGAAACUUCGACUGCGCAUUACAUUAUACAACAGUAUCUGGCAGCAAGUGGUUGCUUGAAGCAGCAGAAGUGCACCAAGAACAUGUACGCGAGUGGGAUGGUGAAGAUGGUUUGCUGUGAGACUGAAGUUUCUGCAGGUAGAAACGUCAAGACUUUGGGAACAAGAAGUGGGGAAAGUGGGUGCUUCGUUCUCUGGCAAAUGCUGCCCGGAAUGUGGUCUCUGGAACUGGUGGUCGGCGGCAACAAGGUGGUCGCCGGAAGUGAUGGGAAAACUGUAUGGAGGCACACCCCUUGGCUCGGUACUCAUGCCGCCAAAGGCCCUCAACGCCCAUUACGCCGUAUCAUCCAGGGCCUAGACCCAAAGAGCACAGCAAGCUUGUUUGCCAAGGCACAAUGCUUGGGGGAGAAGAGGAUUGGCAACGAUGAUUGCUUCGUACUAAAAGUCUCUGCAGAUCGCGAGGCGGUUAUAGAACGAAGCGAAGGUCCGGCAGAGGUAAUUAGGCAUGCAUUGUACGGCUAUUUCUGUCAAAAGAGUGGACUCCUCAUCUACUUAGAGGACUCUCACCUUACUAGGGUUGAAACACCAGAAAACGAAACUGUGUAUUGGGAGACCACUAUAGGAAGCAGCAUUGCAGAUUACAGAGAUGUUGAUGGUGUGCUCAUCGCUCAUCAAGGCCGUUCCAUCGCCACUGUAUUCCGGUGUGGCGAGCUAUCAAUGGAGUACACGAGGACUAGAAUGGAAGAGGUUUGGAACAUUGAUGAUGUUGUGUUCAAUGUGCCGGGGCUUUCCAUGGACUAUUUCAUUGCUCCUGCUGAUAUAUAUGAUAGUAGUAGUGCUGUACAAUCACCAUGAUUAACUCUAAUGAACUGAACUAAGCUUAAUUAGUAGGAUGCUAGUUUGUUUCUAAUUACAAAAAUAUUGGCGGGUACACGAGUGUAAUUGUUUUCUGGUUUUUCUUUUUAUCUUCAAGUGCAUUAUGUAAUAUGUAGCUUUUCUGUUUUGUAAUAAUAUGCAAUAUUAUGAAGUCACUAAGCUUAUUAUGACUUUUUUCGAGGCAUGGGAUAGAAUAAGAGAUCUUGAUGUAUUCUAGUCCAUUCUUCUUGUCUGUAAGUUGU